UCAGGGCAACCCUGGAUUCCCCCCGCCCUAUACGUCAUUGCUUCGCUACUCUUCCUGCUCCCCUUCCAGAUGAACUAUCUGUCCUCGAAAUCUCCCUUCGCAAUCUCGCUUCCUCUUUUGAUUCUCUCGACAAUUUCAUUUCAUCUCACCUUCCCUUCUCCCUGACCUACUGGCUCUCGUUCCGCCAUCUCCAACAUCUCCCGCCAUGUCUCUCAGUUCCGCGACCGGCAACCUGGCUGGCCGUCCGCCCAAGUUGACCAAUGACCUCAAAUCCACCGUCCAGCAAACCCAGGACACCACCACGCAAACUGCCACUCACUUGUCCGACUCGGUCCUCCCCGGUGAAUUUCCUGGCGAUUCGGAUCACAUCCAUGAUGCACAGCGCGACGACACCAACAACGGACCCGUGCUGGCGCCUCUCCAGCAGUGGUGUCGCCAGUCCCUCCCCCGUCUGCUCGAUCGCUUCGAAGCCCAUCUCGCCGGACUGCUUUCCUGGAUCCUCCCAGCACCGCGCCAGGCCUGGCUGUACGAUGAGGCCGCGCGCCGUCCCGCCAGCACCACCUUUCUCAUCUGCCAGGCCAUCUGCUGCGGUGUGCCCUUACUCGUCUUUCUCGCGGGGGUCUUUGUCUUCGCUGCGGUCGCCAUUCUUCUCUGGGCGAUACUGUCGGUUCUCAUCCUGGGGCCGGUACUCCUGGUGGCCAGCAUGAUGGGCGUGUCACUGUGGGGUUGGGGUUGGUUGCUGUACGGCCUCGUCAAGUGGAUCGAUGAAAAAUACCUGGGCGGGUUGAUCUCUCGGUUCUGGCUAUCGCGCAUGCCAUCGCCGGAGGGUCAGGAUCAGCAGUCGGCAGAAGGACAAGAUGGAGCCCCAGAGAAGAAAGCACAGUAAGGUGAUAAUGAUGGUGGAUGCUCUUCAUUCCGUUGAUGGUUGAUGAUUCAUGACUAUCUUAAUGCUCGAAUUUGUCAGUUCUUCUUGUAUCUAUAGUCGGUUAGUUCUAUUCAGAUUGUAAAUAUAUUUUGAAG